UGGGAUUUGUGCCUUGAGAGCGUCCCCAAACCUUGGAGCCACUCAGGGUGCUGGCUCUCGGCUACACAUUCCCACCAAGAGAUUUCAUUCUUGCAAUUUUCAAGGCCAAACAUCUCCUAAUCAUAGAAUCACUCCUCAAAGGGCUGGAGGCAUUCCCAGCCCCGCCCAGUUCCCUCAGCCACCCUCAGGUGCUGCCUUCACUUCCGGAAGAACUCUCCCCAGCCCUCCUGGACAUUGCUCUCAAGAAAAUGUCUUGACCUUCCAAGAAAGCCACCUUCUUCCAUCAGCACCGGCUUCACAGUAUGCCACGUCUCUUAUCUCCAACUCAUAGCAAAUUGUCCCUCUUUCCACUCUGUGCUCCUCAGCCCAUCCAGCUCCACAUUCCACCAACAGACCACCCGAAUCACUCACAGCUGUAGUUGUAGAAAAAAGCAAACAAACAAAAGCAGUUGCUCCUUGAUCGGAAUCGACCAGCAUGCAUCUAGGGCCCAUAGCAGCCUGAAGGCUGAGAAGCUGAGUCACUCAAUAGCAGAAAAACCCAAAGCUGUGUGGGGACAACCGCCAGGUGGUGGCUCAGAGGAGGACACAGUCGCUGUGGGCAGGUGGUCAGGGUGCAGGAGGGAAUGAGCUGUGGAUUUUUAGUAAUCUACAAGAAUCAGGCAGUUCCAGGACACAGGGACGUGAGUGUGAAGAGCCAAUGGACCCAGAGCCGAGAGCCUGGGCAGGCGUGGGCUGGACUCUGGACGCCCUGCAACCCUGCCAGGCUGGGAAGGGGAGGCUUGAUCCUGAGGGCGUGUUAGGAAAGAGAUGCCCAGGUUCAGGUGUAUUGCGCAUUUUUUUUCCACAGGGCAGAAAUGACAUUUCUGGUUGGUCUUGAAUGUCUGCUCUGGCCAAGCCACCUCCUCUCAUGCUAGUUAACCAAGUGGCACGUGUGCCCACGCAGGCCGUUCUAAGGAACACUAUAAUUGUCUAGGCAAUUUUCUCUCAAAUACUCCGGCCUGGAAGCGUCCGGUCAGCAGAAGAGGGAAGGCAGGAGGGCGGCAGCGUUCCGGCUGAGUCCUCUUGUACAUGGGAGCUGGAGUCCGGCCAGGCUCCAGAGUGGCUCCGGCUGGCAAGGGACCUGAACAGGAAGAUGGGACUCGAGGUUUUCUGCAUGUGGUCAGCCUUGCCAGCUCAGGAAUGAUUCUUGGCGUUUUCAAACUCAAACGUUCCUCCUUCCCGCUGAUCUGUGGAUUCCUCAUUCACACCAUUUGCAGGACAAGUGGCUGCCAGGGCCAAGGACUUUUCACUGACUGGCCAACAGCAACAUCGUGUGGGGAAUUUUCUACUCCAGGCCAUUUGCUGGGAGGGCUCCUGGGCCUGAGCUGCUACGGCCUCCUUCAUCUCUCCCUGUGGGGCUGGAAGCUUGAAACUAAGGUGUGGGCAGGCUGGUUCCUUCCAGGGCUGAGAGGGAGCAUCUGUCCCGGGCCUCCUGCUGGGCCUCUUCCGGUUGCUGGCGAUCCUCCGCGUUCCUUGGCUUGGGCUCCGGUCGGCACCUGAGGAGCGGCGUGACCUCGAGGGCCCAGGGAGCUGCCCGGCUGGCCUAGGCAGGCAGCCGCACCAUGGCCAGCACGGCCGUGCAGCUCCUGGGCUUCCUGCUCAGCUUCUUGGGCAUGGUGGGCACGUUGAUCACCACCAUCCUGCCUCACUGGCGAAGGACGGCGCAUGUGGGCACCAAUAUCCUCACGGCCGUGUCCUACCUGAAGGGGCUCUGGAUGGAGUGCGUGUGGCACAGCACAGGCAUCUACCAGUGCCAGAUCUACCGGUCCCUGCUGGCGCUGCCCCAAGACCUCCAGGCUGCCCGUGCCCUCAUGGUCAUCUCCUGCCUGCUCUCGGGCAUAGCCUGCGCCUGCGCGGUCAUCGGGAUGAAGUGCACGCGCUGCGCCAAGGGCACACCUGCCAAGACCACCUUCGCCAUCCUUGGCGGCUCCCUCUUCAUCCUGGCCGGCCUCCUGUGCAUGGUGGCUGUCUCCUGGACCACCAAUGACGUGGUGCAGAAUUUCUACAACCCGCUGCUGCCCAGCGGCAUGAAGUUCGAGAUUGGCCAGGCCCUGUACCUGGGCUUCAUCUCCUCGUCCCUCUCGCUCAUUGGUGGCACCCUGCUUUGCCUGUCCUGCCAGGACGAGGCACCCUACAGGCCCUACCAGGCCCCACCCAGGGCCACCACGGCCACCGCCACCACCGCACCUGCCUACCAGCCACCAGCUGCCUACAAAGACAACCGGGCCCCCUCAGUGACCUCGGCCACGCACAGCGGGUACAGGCUGAACGACUACGUGUGAGUCCCCACGGCCUGCUUCUCCCCUGGGCCACUGUGGGCUGGGUCCCUGGCAGGACUGUCAAUGGAGGCAGGGGUUCCAGCACAAAGUUUACUUCUGGGCGAUUUUGUAUCCAAGGAAAUAAUGUGAACACAAGGAAAUGUCUUUAGAGCACAGAGACAGAGGGAGGAAUAAAAGGAGGAGAAAGCUCUCUAUACCAAAGACUGAAAAAAAAUCCUGUCUGUUUUUGUAUUUAUUAUAUGUAUUUAUGUGGGUGAUUUGAUAACAAGUUUAAUAUAAAGUAGCCUGGGAGUUUGGUCAGUGGGGUUGGUUUGUGAUCCAGGAAUAAACCUUGUGGCUGUGGCUGUUUAUAAAGUGGACAGUAUCUGUU